UCUGAUGGGAAAUCUGUCAAAAUUGGCUUUGCCAUUGCUGUGUCCCAUGUUCUUUAACACUGUUUAAUGAUACAGUGGGAGAACAGUGGGAGAAUAAACACACAAAGGCCUGUGUUUUAUCUAAACCCAGAAAUGAGAGAAAAUGUGAAUGUUACUACUCUAUAUAUAGAGGAAAUAUCUAAUCUUGAUUGAUCUAGUCCCAACUGCCCCCAUUUCAGCUCUUGUAUAGAUUUGUUCGCAAGUUAACAGUUUAUACUGUGCUAAAUGCCACCAAAUGAGUUGCAAAAAGCAGGGGAAAUAUUCACACUUCUAUAAUUAUAUUCUGGUUUAUAAUUAUAUUUAUCUCUUGUGCCCCAAUUGAGUGUUGCAGUAAUUUGUAUGUUUUUUUACACUGUUGCAUACUCGAAAGAGAUUAUGGGAAUAAUGUGGAAGACUGAUAGGAAAGCAAAAUCAUAGGCACCUAUGUGUUCAUUCAGUAUUGAUGGUGACAAAAUCUUAAGAGUUUUUCUCAGUCCUCAGCCAAAAUGUUGGUAAAAAUUACUGACUGUGUUUAAAUUUGGCUAAACUGAAUACUGAAAAUUAUUCUCUUCUACAUUUGCGUAGAAAUUUGCCUCACAGGUAUGGACACAAGGAACCUGUUGCUUAACUUAAAACUGUUCUCUUUUACCGCUUUUCUAUCCCUUAAAAAAAAAAAAAAAAUCAAAUCCUGCAGAGUUUAGUUGUCCAGGGUCUGAUUUUGAAUUACUGAAAUAUAUUGAAUGGACACAAUUAAAACUCUAUUUAAGAUGGUUUAGGGUCCUAGCAGAAGGAUGGAUAAAUCAUAGCUGUAUUUCAUCUGGGAAGCGUAAUGCAAAAUUGAGAUGGGUUAUUCAAAUAAUGAACUCAAAACUAAUGAUUAAGAUGAGCUAUGGCUAAAAGGAUGUCUCACGCCUACUAAUCUCAUCUCCUUGAUGAACUAGAGAUUAUUUUAGAAUAACAAUAACAUAAUAUUAAAUUUGAAGGUGUGUAAUCUUCUAGAUAAAUGAAGUUCUGUAUUCAUGAAGUCGUAAUUUUCUGUCUUAAGUUGUCUUUAUGUGUAAGUAAGUGAUAAAGAUGAGGCUUACAUAUUGUUUUGAUGUUUGCUGUACCCCCAGCCUAGGCAGAUCUGCACAUCUAGUUGAGACUCUGCACUGAUUUGAGCAGAUCAUGCACUCCAGAUAUUCACUGUGAUGGGUUGCGGAGUGACCUGUAGGUCUUUCUGGAUACAUGUCAGCAUAUUUUUGUGCCAGAUCACAAAUUGAGUAAUCCAGUGCCUCUGUCAUUCUUGUCACUUUAUUUGUAUUUAUUGUGACUGGCUUUUGCACGCUGUAAACAACACCAGUGGAGUUGACUAUGCUUUUAUAUAGAAGAAGGGUCACUAUAAAAAUGACUAGAAGAUGAUAUGUGGCUAGGGAAUGAAUGUUACUCAUUCCCAGUGAAAUGUAGUGAGCAAAUGGACUGUAUGUUGUGCUGAUAAUGUCUAUGUAAAAGAUAUUUCAAGAGAUGAGAGCUAGAAAUAAAAAGAGUAUUUCGAAAGCGUAUACAUUUACUGGAAAUUGCAGGAGCUAAGAAUUCUUGCUUUUCCUUCCCAUUAUUAGAAUGGGCCACUACCACAUAUGUCCUAUUGUGUUCACAGCUUGUAUUCCUGAUGGAGGCUAGCAGCUGGGGCUGGAUUCACUUGCUGAAAUGUGUGUGUGAGUGUGAAACACUUGGGAUGCUGUAGGGCAUCUGCCUGCUCAUGCCAUGAAGUAUACUGAGCAUCUCUAUUCAGUAGUGUUUGAACAGAUCUGUGGGCGUUUUGGAAAGACCUAUAACUGGGAUGUGAAAUCCUUAGUUAUGGGUAAACAAGCCCCAGAAGCAGCAGAGACUAUUCGAGAAGUUCUAGGUCUUCCAAUAACCACAGAAGAAUUAUUGAAUGAAAGUAAAAUGAUGCAGGAGAAGAUAUUCCAUACUGCUGAGUUGAUGCCAGGGGUGAAUAAGCUGAUCCGUCAUUUACACAAACACAACAUACCCAUAGCUGUUGCCAGCAGCUCGAGUGAAGAGUCAUUUCAGAAGAAAACAACCAGACACAAAGACUUAUUCGGUCUUUUUCAUCAUAUUGUGUUGGGAGAUGACCCUGAGUUGAAGCGUGGCAAGCCACAUCCUGAUCCAUUUUUACUUUGUGCAAAGAGAUUUCACCCUCCUGCACCACCAGAGAAGUGUCUUGUGUUUGAAGAUUCACCACAUGGAGUCACAGGAGCCCUGGCAGCAGGAAUGCAAGUGGUUAUGAUUCCAGAUGAAAAAUUAAAUCCAGAUCUUAAAAAGAAGGGAACACUGGUGCUGAAGUCCAUGGAAGAUUUCCAACCAGAACUGUUUGGUUUACCAGCAUACGAUUAAUGCCUAAUGCCUGUGAACAUGUACUUGACUGGAGAUAAAUUAAAAGUGAAAUGCAAUUUUAUUUUGGUUCUAUGAUAUUUUUUCAUCUUUUACUCUCCUCCUCAAAACUAGAGCACAAAAAUUCUGUUACCACUCAGACUUUCACACUUUGAUAAAUUGUCUGGAAUAUUUAUGAUUUGUCCUUUUGAUAAAUGCUAAAUUAAAACAGCAUCUUUCUGUUAAGUGAAUCCAACCUUGUUCUAUUCACAUCAUAAUGUUUUCUGGGAAUAUUAUGAAACUAUUUAGACAAUUUAUUGCAACUGCAUUGGAAACGUCUUGUUCUGUUUCCACUUGAAUUACUUACUGUUUAGAUCUUAACCAGAAAUCUGUUCUGGAUUGGCUUUUAUCCCAUUGUAAUGUUUUUGACACCGUUAUUGCUAUCAAUAUGUUUAUCCUUUCCCUCAUCCCAUACUUGUCCAUCUAUUCCACUUGUAUUGUGUUGUCUUUUUUCUUUUUUCCCCCAUUUCUUUGCAACAGGGACUCUGUUAUACUUUCUGUGGAUUUUUUGUUUUCCUCUUAGUGAUUGAAUGAGAUGACUCCCAGACAUCCCUUAAAACCUCCAUUAUUCUGUAAUUCUUUCGUUAUCUUUUCUGAUAUUUUGAUCACCUGCUAGCAGCUAUACAAAGUUAUAUGAUCUUAGAAUUUAGCCAAAAUUCUUUGCAUCAUAUUUCAUUCAUUUCCUUAUAUCCUUAUUUUCCAUCUACCAUGUAGCCUUCCCUUUCAAUCUUGUGAAAUUAAUGUUUCCUGUGUCUGUGUUUCAAUUCUGAUAAAGUUAUGGCCUUAACUCCUUUAUCCAAAUAACUUUCUGUAGGCUGUCCUUAAUUUCUAUUCUUACCUUGUCCUUGAGCCCUUAUUUUUCACCAAUUUCCCUACAGAGAGUUUUGCUAUGUAUUUUUAAAGUGCAGAAAUUGCAGAUUUGAUUUAGGUAAAUACUUAAAAUUUAUUUUCCUGGUUACCAUAAUUUCCAUUAAAUGUUUAUGUUUUCAUCUGUCCCUCUUACUUCUGUCUCUUUCUGGCAUCUUGUCAGUACAAGGGUAAGGGCCCCUUUAUAAAAUGCUAAAUACAUAGACAGGUUUUGGUUGAGUCCACUAUUACAUGUAUGACAUGAUGGAAGCAAUGUCUUUUACCUUGUCUAAAGAAAGCUAUAGUAUGUAUGUAGCUUUAUGACAGUUUUAUAAAAUUAAUUAUUGUAUUCAGGACUUAAAUCCCUACAUUUCUAAUGAGUAUCCAUGAGGUACUCCACAGUCUUGGUAAAAUGUCAAACUCCAUAAAGACGAGAGACAUGAAAUAUGUCAAAUCAGACAAUUUCCAUGUAUUAUGAGAAGCCUUCUCUGACCUUAGGGUUUUUUAAUAUUAUAUGUUUCUAUAUAGUCUUCCUCACAAAAAUAUUUUCUAGACAUGCCUGAUGUUUAACUGUGUUAGAUUUAACGGUGUUUUUUCAGGAAAGAAAUUAAUGAAUUAUAGACUCUUGAGUAUUCAUGGUGAGUUUCCUUAGAUUUUCUUCCUUCUGUAUUUAUAAAAACCUCAAAUUUUUACAUCUUC